ACUAUGGGAUUACUGUAGAGUGGAGUGGGAAGGGAGCGGGAGGCUGUGGAAGGAAGGGGAAGGACCGGCCAAGAUGGCGGAGGACCUGGACGAACUGCUGGAUGAGGUGGAGUCUAAGUUCUGCCGACCCAAAUCCGUGAGUCCGGGACCCCUGGAGCGGCCGCCGGGUAGGAGCAGCACGGUGACCUGCAGCAGGAACAGCGCCGACCCGGAGACGGAGGACUACGACUAUGGCGAAGACUACGACGAAGACGAUGACGACGACGACCACGACCUCAGAUCAACUAAAAUAUUACUGAAAGCUGAUGAUGAUCUGGAUGGCCUAAUUAAUGAAAUCUUUGAAGAGCCCUGUUUUGACAAAAAGCCUGUUAAAUUAAAACCUAAAUCUUCAAAUCACACAUCUGUCAGAACUUCCAUUCAAGUGCUUGGCAAAAGAUGCAGUCCAGUAUAUGUUGGAGGAAGCUCUGCUCCAUGUGGUAUAGGAACAAAUACUUCCCAGAGAACGUGUGACCAAUUGCGGUGUACAGCCUGUGAUUUCCGUGUAUUAAGCUUUGAUGACUAUAAGUGGGAUAAAUCCUGUGAUUAUCUGUUUUUCAGGAACAACAUGCCUGAAUUCAACAAGUUGAAAGCAAAGAUGACAAAGCGGAAAGGGAUACGGGCCUAUGCUUGCCAGUGUAGUUGGAGAGAUGUAGAAGAACUCACGGACCUCCGGACUGAUCAGCAACUUCGAUGGGUUUGUGGUAAACAUAACGAGUGAAGUUUUCUCACCUUCCAGCCAGUUAUCAUGGAAAGGCCAGCUUUCAUGAGAGCAGACUCUGGGAUGAUUUUAUGAUGAAACAAGGAAGACAGCUGUCAUCAUUUGUGUCUCUUAGCCAAAGAGGGUGGAAUUAUUUGAGUAAAUUUUACAGAUUUCCAAAGUCCAGUGGGCUAGGAAAGAUAAUCAGGCUUUAAUAUUUCAGAAUCAUUCUUUUCUCCUUACUAAUAUGUGUGAAUAUUGCCUAUUACAAGCAAAGUCACAAGUUAAACUCUCCCCAUUUCUUGAAACCCUGAUGUUUGCCCUCCUCUCUGUCUCUUUUUAGGCCACAGGAUGUUCUUUCACCAUCGAGUAUUGUAAAGUCACACACACACACACAUAUAUAUAUUUCCCCUGAUUACAUGUUAAAACCAUUUUUUAACAUGUGGGCUUUUUUUUCAAGUUUUGAGUUUCAUAGUAAUAUAAACAAGUGGCAUCUAAUGUAAAUAUUGUUGAAAUGUUGACCAUUGCCACAAAAAGUCCCUCGUUCUAAACCAUGUGUGUAUUGGUAUCUUCCAUAUCUGUCCAAUCUUGUGUUGCCAAAGACCAUAAGAAGUUGUAGCAGAAACCUGACUGUGAUCUUGUACCUAGUUGAUGUUUUCUCAUCCCUCUAGAGGCAUUUUACAGAAUUCUCAAAUAGGUUUACCCAUUUUUGAUAUUUUGGUAACCUCAUCCUGGUCGCUUUCACACUCUCCAUUUAUAUCAGAAAAACAUCUUUUGAUGGGCCAUUUUACUUGUACAUACUUGUUUCAGUGUGAGAAUUUUUGGGGAAUCAAAACUAUAAAUAUUCAUCAAAAACAUAUACACAUAGUAUAUAAAUGCAAUAAUGGUAUAUGGAUGCCAUUGGUUUUUUUUUUCUGUUUCCACUACAUUAGUGCCUUCAGUACCCAACAUAUUAUUGACAUUCAGCAAAUGAAUUAAUAAUAUCCCAAUGUCAGUAAAAUAGUUUUGAGUUCUCAAAAGCUUUUUAGUGCUGCACUAUUUUAUAUCUAACAUGUGGAUAAAGUAUUAUGUUUAUGUAUAAAUGGAUCUUUUAUUAUAGGUUGUAAUCUGAUUAAAAUGUGACUUUUAGUAUCAAUAUAAAAGAAAAUUAAAAUUUCUCCAGAUCUUAGAAAAAAAGCUAAUAGAUUUUAAACUGUUUCCAGAUGUCCUACUAAAAUCCAUACUAAAUUUUAGAAUCUUUUCUAUCUUUGCCUAAUGUGUAUCUUGUCCAAAAAAAAAAGAGCCAGUCACCUUGUUCUGUGCACUCAGACCUUCAUCCUGCCUCAAUAAAACAUCAAAUAUAAGUUU